UUUAUUCUUUUCAAAACAGAUUAGAAAUGCCGCUUUCACAGGUCUGACUCACAACUUUGGAGCUAUUUUCCUUCCUCUGCAGUUCUGCUACUGAUUUUGCUCAAUUCCAUAGUUGUUCUAUCAUCGAUCAGUGCUUUUAGCUCUAAUGGCGACUGUACCUGUGAACCCGAAACCUUUCUUGAACAAUUUGACUGGAAAGCCUGUUAUUGUGAAGCUUAAAUGGGGAAUGGAAUACAAAGGUUAUCUUGUGUCCGUGGAUUCAUAUAUGAACUUGCAGCUGGCAAACACUGAAGAAUAUAUUGAUGGACAGUUCACAGGAAAUCUUGGGGAGAUUCUGAUCAGAUGUAAUAACGUUCUUUAUCUUCGUGGUGUACCGGAGGAUGAAGAGCUCGAAGAGGCUGAACAAGAUUAAGAGGAUAAUGCUUUGGCUUUCAAUGCCAUCCUACUUGAGAGAUCGAAAAUACGUUUUUCUUAAGUGCUUCUUAGCUAAGAGUUAUGAGUUACUGAGUUUAAAGUCUUGAGAUUAGGAUGGUUGAUUUUACAAUUGUGGUCCUCAGCUUCUUGUUUGUCUAUUUAAUUAGUUCCUGCUGGACCAUUUGGCCACCUAAGACAAUUUUGUUAGGACAAGAACCAAAUCAUCCAAUCACAAACUCACAAAAAUAGCAAUGAACACCAAUUGAAGCUAAA